AUGGAUAGCUCUCUUGAUGACUCUUCUAUAUCCAAUAGCAGCAAAUCAAAGCUGCACUUGUAUCGCUAUCCAGCGCUUGCAAAAAGUGAAGAGUCAUCAAGAGAGCUAUCCAUAGCACGUGAUAAGAUAGCCGCAUUUGAAGCUAAGUUUAAAUCGACACUUAUUGCCAACACCAAGAACAACUGGUUGGAGAAAUUGGAGGGACAGGUUACCACCUAUAGAAGAGAACUUAUCCAGUUCAAGCGUCAAAAGCUGGCUAAAGUAAACGCCGACUAUGAGCAAAACCGGAGUGUAUUUGAAAUGAAAUGCCAAAACCUCUCCCUGCACACUUUACCCAGGAGCCUGUCAAACAAUAUUAAAACGCUAGAUCUAUCACAUAACCUCAUUACAAAACUAACAAAUAGAUCCAUGUCACAUUUUUACAACCUUGUAAAUUUAAAUCUUUAUUACAAUCAACUGGAAACCAUUGAAAAUGGAGCCCUGGAUGCUUUAUCACACCUUCAGUCUCUUAACCUUGAAUCAAACAGGUUGUACAAACAAAACUCAUCUCACAAAGGGGUUUUAGACCAUCUCCAGAGAUUAAAAACAUUAAAUCUUGCAAAUAAUAACUUGGACAGUGACAUGAUGCACUGUUAUUUAUCAAGCGCUACUUCACUGCUAAAUCUGGACCUGUCAAGGAAUGCAAUAAUAAUCCUGUUCUCUGAAAUGUUUGCUGGAGUUCCACGGCUGUCAACGUUAGAUCUUUCCGACAAUUACAUAGAGGAGAUAGAAAGAGGUACAUUCAAUUCGCUGAAGGAUCUCAGAGUUCUAAACCUUGCGUUGAAUGCCAUGCAUUGUAUUGCUAGCUUUGAUCUUCUCCAGCUGCGUUUACUGAACUUAAGUUCAAAUUCCCUUGAAUUCUUUAUUGGUCAAAAUUCUCAAGAAUCCUACCAAUUGAGCAACCUAGACCUAAGCCAAAAUAAUCUACAGCACUUUCCAAUCCUGCCCAAAUUUCAUAUGUUGCAACAUCUCAACCUCUCAGGAAAUAAUAUAGGUGAAUUGAUCCCUUCUUCAUAUGAAACAGAGCACAGUUUGGGAGCUACAACUUGGCACGAAGCUACUGCUGAACUGGAACUUCCUGCUGCCAUUGAAAAUAUAAUUUCACAUUUAACACACCUAAUUAACUUGGAUCUUAGUAACAACCAUCUUGUCACAUUUCCAUGGUAUUUUCUAUCCUAUCUGAGCACACUUCAAAAGUUAAACAUGGCUGAGAACUGUCUUCAUAAUGUGACAGAUGGUUUUUCUAUUAAGAUCUCAGAUAAGAUGAAAAACAGAAAAAACAUGUCUUUGAGGGUCCUAGAUCUUCGGGCAAACUCUAUUCAAUCCAUCCCUUAUUGGCUAUUUGAUAUGCUGCCAGGAAUUGAGCAAAUCAAUCUAAAAAACAACAAUAUUAAGUUUUGUUCAUGUUGUCAUAAUGGACAGAAUAACUCUGCAUCAUCCGUAGAUGUCUGCAGUAAUUUCUCUGAUGCUCAUAAUCUCCAUUACUUAAACCUGCAAAACAACAGCAUUCAAGACAUUCCACCCCAUGUUUUCCACCAUAAGUCUUUGUUCUCGCUGGAUUUGUCACAUAAUGCAGGGUUAAAUAUACAAGCAGGAGCUCUAAAAGAAGUAGAACAGUCACUACAGACACUUUCACUUAACAGAAACUGGAUGAAUGACACUCAAGCAAAUCUCCCCUGUCUGAAAUGGUUAAAAUCAUUGGAUUUAUCCAACAACAGACUUCAGGUGUUUCCACCCUCUCUACUCUGUUCUUCAUUGGAGAGUUUAGAUCUUCAAAACAAUUCUCUACGUAGUAUAGAUGAGAGAGCAACUCUUAUCUGGACAAAUAGUCUUAAAAACAUAUCUAUCAGUGGUAACUCAUUUGACUGCUGUUCCCUUAAUUGGGUGCACUCCUUACUUAUUGCUGAAACAAAUAUUCUAGAUCUUGAUAAAGCAUAUUGCAUCUAUCCAAGUAGUAACACAAGAGUUCCAUUUAUUAAACAAAGUAACCACGCUCAACAUUGCCACCAUAAAACAGGUGUUGGGUAUCUUAAAUUUGUGAUCAUGGUUUUAGUAUCUGUCACCCUUUGUUCUAUAUUUGUUAUGAUCCCUAGGUCCAGCUGA